AUGUUAACAAACAAGAAAGAUGGAAAUAGAAUGUUGCUCAUUGAAGAUAAUGGUGGAGGGAUGGACCCUGAUAAGAUGCGACAAUGCAUGUCUCUUGGAUAUUCUUUGAAAAGCAAGGUUGCAGAUGCUAUUGGACAAUAUGGCAAUGGUUUUAAGACAAGUACCAUGCGGCUUGGGGCUGAUGUUAUUGUAUUCUCUCGAUGCUCUCCAAAAGAUGGAACAAGGCCUACACAAACCAUUGGCCUAUUGUCUUACACAUUUCUACGGUGCACUGGGAAGGAAGAUAUAGUUGUUCCCAUGCUUGAUUAUGAGAAAGGUGUUCGCGAAUGGAAGAAUAUAAUAAGGUCAUCACUGGGUGAUUGGGAGAAAAAUAUGGAAGCUAUGGUUCAAUGGUCUCCAUUUUCAAGUGAAACAGAACUUUUAAAACAGUUUGAUCAUAUGAAGGAUCAGGGCACACGCAUAAUUAUUUACAAUUUAUGGGAGGAUGAUCAAGGACAGUUGGAACUCGAUUUCGAGACUGAUAAAAAUGAUAUUCAAAUUAGAGGUGUUAAUCGAGAUGAGAAGAAUAUCCAAAUGGCCAAUAAGUUUCCAAACUCUAAACACUUCCUGACAUAUCGACAUUCACUGAGAAGUUACGCAUCGAUUCUUUACUUAAGAAUUCCACCUGGAUUCCGGAUGAUUCUUCGUGGGAAAGAUGUUGAGCAUCAUAAUAUUGUAAAUGAUAUGAUGAUGAUAACUGAGGUCACAUAUCGUCCACAGCCUGGUGCUGAUGUGGUUUCCAAGGAUACAAAUAUAGUUGCUGUUGUUACUAUGGGGUUUGUGAAGGAUGCAAAAUCUCAUAUUGAUGUUCAAGGAUACAAUGUUUAUCAUAAAAAUCGACUCAUUAAGCCGUUUUGGAGACUCUGGAAUUCAACAGGAAGUGAUGGUCGAGGAGUAAUAGGUGUAUUGGAGGCUAAUUUUGUAGAACCAGCUCAUGACAAACAAGGAUUUGAACGAACAAUUGUCCUUUCAAGACUCGAAUCGCGUCUUUUACAGAUGCAAAAAACGUAUUGGAGGACCCACUGCCACAAAAUUGGGUAUGCCCCACGAAUCAGUAAUAGCAGUUUGCACGACAGUGAAGCUUCUCCUGACUAUACCCCGGAAACUUCUUCAAGAAGGAAGAAAGCUUCAAACAAAUCGGCUUUAAAUAAAAACCAGAAAGUGGCGGGAAGCAGACCUCCGAUGCCAGCUGUCAAUGGCAUCGGGGGGGAGUCAAAACCUUUGAAGACCGAAAAUAUCCAUGAAGAUGACUUGCAAGAUCCUGUAAAUACAAGCUAUACUAAAAGCAGUCCUCAUUAUGGUUAUGGAAACACUAUGCAAAUUGUUACUCAGUCUCAUUCUCAUCCAUCAAAUUUGCCCAUUUUUGGUGAAAAUGGAAGCGUUCCUAUAAACUAUAGCACACUUGAUUUAGAUCAGUUGGAGGAAGAGAAUCGCCAAUUAAAGGAGAAGUUGAAAAGAAAGGAAGACGCAAUCUUGGGUGAUCUACUUCAUGAACUAGAAAACGAACGAGCUCGUUGCAAGGCACUUGAAGCACAGCUUGAGGAAGUGAAGGAAAAGUGUGAAGCUCUCAACAAGGAGCAAGAAUCUAUAAUAGACGUAUUUGCGGAAGAAAGAGAAAGACGAGACAAGGAGGAGGAGACUUUAAGAAAAAAAUUAAAGGAGACAACAACGACCAUCCAAGAUUUGGUGGAUCGGGUGAAACAGUUGGAGUUGGAGAAGAUGAGAAACCAUAAUUGGAACACGGCGUAAAAACAUUAACCAUUAAUUGUAAUUGUGUAUAUAAUAUAAUAUAUAUGGCUAGCAUUUGGAUAUCUAGUUGGGUUUUAUUUUAUUAGUACUUCAUAGUGUGGGGGAGAUAGUUUCAUUUUCUAGUAGUACCAAUACUAGAAUUUAUUAAGGGAAUUAUUAACGGAAAUGAAAUUUGCAAUUUGUGGG